AUGAAAGGUUUGAAAAAGUCGUUGCAAAUUGCGAAAAAUGAGUUGGUGAGUUUGUUGAUUCGGUUUGAAGAUCGAGUUUCACGAGGGUUUAAUCGUGAGUUACAAGACUUGGUGCUUAAAUCAAAUAUUUUUUGUUUACUUGAGAAAAUUGUAUGGGAUCCCGAGUUGCUCAAAAAAGUACUUUGUUCACUCAUUAAGUCAAUAAAAUCACCACUUGUUGAUGAGAUUGAAUCUAAUGGCGAAAUCCCAAAAAUCAUUAGCUUCUUGGAUUACAAAGACUUGCAUUUUAGAGCCGUAGCAAUGGAUUGCAUUCUUGAAAUUGGCUAUUUCGGCCAAAAAGAGGCAAUUGAAGCUAUGCUUAAAGAAGGGUUGAUAAAGAAGCUAGUGGAGUUGCAAAGAUUAGAACUUGGUGGGGAUUUGAUUGAUAUGGGAAUUUUAGAUCAUGAGAGAGAGAAUGGUGAAGGAGAGAAGAUUGUUUUAGAGAGUCAUCCAUUUGCCGAUUGUGUGGCAAGAUUUGCGGUUCAAUUAGAGGUAGGAGAAGGGCUAAGGCAAAGAGAGAGGAGGGCAUUUAAGCAAGAGAUACUGAAUGAAGGGAAGUUUUUGCUUCGAUGCUCGAGGUUGCUACAAUUAUAG